AUGACUGAAGCUGAUUUGAGUGAGCCAGGAUUUGAAGGAACCCCUUUACUUAAUUUUAUGAAGGAUGUUUUAGAACAAGAACCAAAAUUAAGAAAAGAUUCUGUUAAAAAAGUCAAGGCUAGAGUUGUGCUUACAUUAAGAAAUAAAGAAAACCAAAAAAAAUCGUGGUUUUUCGAUUUCAAAGAAAAUGGAACAGUUGAAAAAAUUGAAGGAGACAGCUUGCCUAAAAAUGAUGUUGCCAUUACCAUGAAGGAUACUGAUUUUCUCAAAUUGGUUGAUUAUAAGGUUCAAGCACAAAAAUUAUAUUUAAAUGGAAGAUUAAAAGUCAAAGGAAAUUUAAUGAAAGCCAUUAGUAUUGAAACUAUCUUGAAAGCCGCUGACCCCAGACCAAAAUUAUAA